GGUCAGGGUUCAGGGUGCCAGUCGCCCUAGAGACCUGAGCCUGUCAGGGUCAAAUGUGAUACGGAUCCCGUGGGGGUGCGUCGUGUUUUGCCGUUCGACGAGCCAGAAGACAAACGUUCGCUUUUUCCGUUCGAGAUCAAUCUUUUAAAAUUCUCGUGGACCAGAGUGUCGGGGGGGUGCUCUGCGGAGGGGGUGCGAGCUCAGGUGCCCCCCCGUAUCACCACGUACCCCCUGAAUUUCCUCCGAGGGCCAUCGUCCCUUGGAGGGACCCGAGCCUCGUCACCCUGACCCAGGAAGACACCCUAGUCUCCCAGGCGAUCCGUGGUGACACCCCGGGCACCAACAGCACCCAGAGCGGAGGAUCUCAGGCAGACAAAAACCAAAAUAUUGAGUGCAUCGUCUGCGGCGAUAAAUCAAGUGGAAAACACUACGGACAAUUCACAUGCGAAGGCUGUAAGAGUUUCUUCAAAAGGAGCGUAAGGAGGAACCUGACCUACUCGUGUCGGGGGAAUCGCAACUGUCCCAUCGACCAACACCAUAGGAAUCAGUGCCAAUAUUGCCGGCUGAAAAAGUGUCUCAAAAUGGGGAUGCGCCGAGAAGGUUUUGCAGCUGUUCAGAGGGGGCGAGUCCCUCCGAGCCAACCUCCAAGCCUCCCUGGCCAGUUCGCGCUGACAAACGGCGACGCGAUGUCCGCCGCCGCCGCCGCUGCUGCGGCUGCAGCGGGCUUCAACGGUCAUUCCUACCUCUCGUCGUACAUUUCCCUGCUUCUGAGGGCGGAGCCGUACCCGACCUCGAGGUACGGGCAGUGCAUGCAGCCCAACAACAUCAUGGGCAUCGACAACAUCUGUGAGCUCGCGGCCAGGCUGCUCUUCUCGGCGGUCGAGUGGGCCCGCAACAUACCUUUCUUCCCCGACCUGCAGGUCACCGACCAAGUCGCACUGCUCAGGCUAGUCUGGAGCGAGCUUUUCGUGCUGAACGCGUCCCAGUGUUCGAUGCCGCUCCACGUCGCGCCCCUGCUCGCUGCAGCGGGUCUGCACGCCUCCCCCAUGGCCGCCGACCGGGUCGUCGCUUUCAUGGACCACAUAAGGAUAUUCCAGGAGCAGGUGGAAAAGCUCAAAGCUCUCCACGUCGACUCGGCGGAGUACUCUUGCCUCAAAGCCAUCGUCCUUUUUACGACAGAUGCCUGCGGGUUGUCAGACGUCGCCCACAUCGAAUCCCUUCAGGAGAAGUCGCAAUGCGCACUUGAGGAAUACUGCCGCACCCAAUACCCAAACCAGCCGACCAGAUUCGGAAAACUGCUUCUGCGGCUCCCCUCGCUCAGGACGGUCAGUUCGCAGGUCAUCGAACAGCUAUUCUUCGUCCGACUCGUCGGCAAGACGCCCAUCGAGACCCUCAUCCGCGACAUGCUCCUUUCCGGCAACAACUUCAACUGGCCUUACACCAUGAACACCAUGUGACACAGCUUUUGGAGGCACCUCGCUUCCUAGGCCCUCUAGUCGACAAAACAAAUUAACUGUUAAACGAAAAAAUGCGCCGCCUCCUCCAGUUACCAAGACCUUUCACGAGAUGUACUUAAGGGUCGAGUUAGACGGUUUCGAUACGUCAACGAGCUGCAUUUUCGUACAUGGUACAUGUGUUUAUAGGGCCUACAACCGGGUAUUAGGUGUCGUGUAAAUAAAACAAAAAAUACUAUAUAAAUAUAUACAUAAAUAUGUAGAUAGUGUACAAUUAAAAGUAGUUUAACUUGUUCCCGUCUAUUUCGCGGGAACUGUAAUCUCAAUAUUUUCGUAAAGGGUUGAAUUUAAAUAAAAGAAAAUAUUCAGGCUACGAUUCCCGUAGUUUUUUUCCCCAUUGUAUAUAAAUUUUGCUCAUGUUUUCUGUUAAGCUAAAAGCCUUAAGGCGAGUUUACUGUUUUUGUCAUAAAAGUGUUCAUUUACAAUAAACAAAAAAAUACAAAAAAAAAAUUGUACAUUUUAUAUCAAAUAUAUUUAUAUUGAAUAGUUGAUAAGCUUCUAUAUUAUGAUUUGUAGUUACCAGUCCUUAAUUUGUUAGUGAGUUUAUCAGGCGUUGCAUAAUAUAUUUUGUUAAAAAGUAUAUUUUUUACCCCGGAAAUCGUAUGAACGGCACAAAAGAAAAAUUCCACACUCUCAGGAAUAUUUUUUAAUUUUGAGUCUAAUCAUAUUACUUGAUUAAAUUAAGAGAUGGUAAGUUAAUCGAAGACUGAUUGUAAAUUGUUUGGUUUGGUUUAUUCGCGAUUUCUCAUGUAACGUGUUUUUUUUAUAUACAUUGAUAGUCAGAUCUGAUCCCGAAGAUUUGCGAAAAAUUUAAAUUUUCAAAGAAAAAAAACGAAGUUCAUAGUUUUCAAAAAAAUCCAGUCUAUGAUGGAACACAAAUUGUUUGCUCAUUGUAUAUUAAAAUAAAUUUAUCGUGUCCAUUGAGAUCUAUUGUACUUGUAAGAAAAAAGUAGACAAUAUAUUUAAAAAAAAUACCUAUAUUGUUUUAAUAUUGUACAAAACUUUGCUAUUUCUCACCGUAUAAAUGAACCACCGAAUUCAUGUUUCCUUUUUACUUUUUAUGUUAUUUCUUUUUUAUUUUGUUUUGGAAGAAUUAUUAUAGAAAUAAGUUGUGAAAGAGAUAUCAGAUGAAAAUUUAUCUAUAUCAUAUAAAUAUAUAAAUAUAUAUAUUUCCUAUGUACAGAGUACCGUUGCAAUGAACAUACCGAAAUAUAUAAGAAAACUUAUUUGUAAA